CCGUCAGCAGCACAGCUCAGACAUGGGUGUCAGCUGCUUGCCGAGCAGAGCAGCAGGACAGGGGGUUGCUGCUGGGCUUUGGCCAGGAGAGUCUGACGAGCCCAACACUUCGGAUCCCACAUCCGACUCCUCAAAGUGUAGCCAUGUUUGAUAACUCCAACUACCCCUUCAACUGUUUUAACUACGAUGGAGACGGAUACCCUUCCUCCAGCACGGACGAAGAGAAGAAAAUGUGUAGACCCGCUUACAGCUACAUAGCUCUGAUAGCCAUGGCCAUCCAGCAGAGUCCCGAGCAGCGGGUCACUCUGUCGGGCAUCUAUGAGUUCAUCAUGAAGAGAUUUCCUUACUACCGCUCCAACCAAAGAGCCUGGCAGAACUCCAUCAGACACAACCUGUCUCUCAACAGCUGCUUCAUCAAGGUUCCCAGGGCAGAGGGCAAUGAGAAGGGAAAAGGAAACUACUGGACUUAUGCCACCGGCUGUGAAUCCAUGCUCGACCUUUUUGAAAACGGCAAUUUCCGACGUCGCCGGCGCAGGAGGAACAUGAAAAUGGGCUUACGUGAUUCAGGAGAAACCCCUUUCCACCAUUCGGAGAGCCACAGCAAUCAGCAGGUACCCUCAGCUCGGCACCCGGAACCCGACUCCACCCUCUGCCCUUUGAACCCUGAGAGGCCGAGGCCGGGCCCCCGGCAAAACCACCUCAUCCCUAACCCCGCCCAGCAGGGCAAACCAGAGUCAGAGAUCAAGUUUAGCAUUGACUACAUCCUGUCCACUCCAGAUCCACCCCUGCCCGGGUUCAGAUCCUCCCACGGGCCCGUUCACAUAGGCCCCACAGGACCUUCCAUACAUGUCCUGGAGCCACAACAUCUGAACCUGCACUUCUGGACUCUGUAAGAAAAGAGGAAAGCAGAGGCUGAAUUUAUUCAGUCUAAUUUAUUCUUGUUGGUGUCCAAAAAUGGGAAGUACUGUAAGGAGACUCAAACACAGAAGAAAAAACUCCACAGAAGGAAUUUUAUUGACUUGAAAAGAAUGACAACAUAAAUGAGGAAAAAAAGUAUAGAGGUACAGUAUUGUGUGAUGGUAUAGAUGGAAUACAGUCAAAAGAAAGCAUCAUGCUGACUAAGAACUCAUCCAAAAGAUAAAAUGGGAAGUAUACAGUAAAGCGUUCAUAUAUUCUCAAUAUACUGUACGUGCAGUGCUGACAUAGACUAGGUUCUCUACAUGUAUAUACACAGGAGCUGUGAGCACACGUUUGACGUGUUUAAAAAUGCAUUCAAAAUCUGAUCAGGCAAAACAAGUGUCACUGGAUUAUCAUCAGAUCAGAUGAUUGGUUGGUUGUUCUUCAUAAAAAAAGUUUUUUUUCAGAUGAUUUUCCCUGUUAUUCAUUUGGCCGCCUGUUAAACCUGAACAUGAUGUAUGUAUCUAUGUAUGUUCUCGUUUUAUUUCUCCUACAUUAGUUUAGUGAAUGAGUUCAGCAGCACAAAGAUCCCCUUUCUGAACAGAGACUAAUAUUUCAGUCUUAUAAAAACAAAACAAAA